AUGUUGCAAGAAACAACGCGCUAUCUGGAAGGCAAGCAACUAAUCUUGGCCGUCCUGGCGCUCAAUGCCGCCAAUGGUGUCUGUUUCGUGGAUCUGCUUGGUAUUACCGCUGUCUUACCUACCAUCGCCGAGUCAUACAAUGCCGCAGGAACGAUAGCCUGGGCAGGCACUUCGCAGCUCGUCGGAGCAACUAUUGGACAAUGCCUUCUAGGGUACUUGAGCGAUCUGUUCAGUCGGCGGCGGAUGCUUCAGUACGCGACACUUAUCCUCACAAUAAGCAGUCUGCUAUGCGCAUUGAGUGGUUACCCCAAAGACGCACCAUUCCUCUAUACGGUCCGGGCAUUCUCAGGCAUUGCAACUGGGAGUAUCUCAAACCUGGUCAACAUCGCCCAGAAUGAUUUUCUGCCCGUCCAUCGACGAGGUAAAUACCAGGGAAUCCAAGGGAUAAGUGUGGCUCUUGGUAGUAUUCUUGGUGUCAUGGCAGGUGCUGCUUUCAGCUUAAGCGGGAAUGCGUGGAAUGUGAUGUAUUACAUGGAGACGGGCAUGGCUGCAGUAGCUUUCGCGUUGAUCUACCUGUUCGUUCCGCCGAAUAUCGUUGCUCCAAGAUGGGAGCAGGUCAACGAGACACUCAAAAGUUUUGACGGCUUUGGGAUGUUAUCUGGCGCCGGCUUUAUCGUGCCGCUACUAAUCCUGGUGUGCCAGGCAAGCAGUCUGAAGAAGCAGGAGGCAGUGCUAAUAGCGCUUUCCGUUCUCUGCGCCGUUUCGCUUACAGUCUUCAUGACUUUGGGUUUCCGAGAUCGAAAGGUGCGACCAGUUAUCCCAUUCGCCCUUUUCUGUAACCGAACUAUCGCGGCCAUUCUCGCGCAGAAUGUUCUUUUCGGCGCCGUGUACUACGGGUUUAUCUACUUCGUUCCCCUGUAUCUGCAGGUGGUACGUGAGAAGCAACCGGUCCUAGCAUCGGCAAUCUUCGUGCCAUACUUUGCGACGCACGGAAUUUGGUCCACCGUCUCUGGUCUUAUCCUCAGCAUGCUGCAAAACAAAGGCCGAAGGAGUUACUCUUACGUUUUGUCGUUUGGAUUCGCUAUAUGGACGCUAGCUAUGGGACUUCUCGCGUGGCACAGCAACCGCGUAGCCUCUCCAUUGGCUCUAUUCGUCGUGUUCGAAAUCCUUGUUGGCCUAGGUACCGGAUCUGUCUUUCAGAACUCGAUUAUGGCCAUUCGAGCCCAGGUUACAGCAGACCUAAACGCCGUGGCAGUGAGCACCAGGAACGUGCUUCGAUUCUUUGGGGGCGCCUUAGGCAUUGCUAUAUGCUCUACUGUCCUGGAGAAUCGCUUAAAGUAUUCCAUGCCUUGGAGACUCGAGUGGGUGUCUGACACGGCGUUUUCAAGGACACCAAAAGAUAUGCUCUCACCUUCGGAUUACCUUCUGGUCCAACAUUCGUACGCCAGAGCUAUCGCAUGGAUCUGGUACAUUGCCACAGGCAUGAUCGCACUUUCCCUUGUGUUGUGCUUAUUGAUCAAAGACAAGACAUGUCCGGCCAUCAAACCCGGCAACCACGUAUCCGAGGAACAACCAGCUGUUCGACCCUAA